ACUCGUCAGUUGCUACGAGAUGAGGUGAGCUAGUACUGAAAAAUAUAUGGUAGCCUUCACAACACUGUCCCUUGGUUGGUGAGUGACUGACUGCAUCUCUUCCUCUUGCUCCUGCGUUCAAGAGAGCUCCAAGCUCUAGUACCACAUCUAGUUUUCCUCUCUCUCGUGAAUGUGUACAUCGUGAAAGGGUUGAAGGAACUGUUCCUGUUUGUGUUUGAGCCUUUCCUCGGUUAUAUAUGGAUGACAUUGUUGAUGCAUUGGUUCUCAAGCUCCAGUCAAAGAUAUGCUAUCAUAGGGAUGCCAAUGUCGACUACCUGGAAAUCAAGACAAUGGUUGAUAAACUCGUAGAAGCGAACAAAAAGCUCAAGGAUGAGAAAGUGGACUUCCAGGAUGUAAUUAAUAUGGUCAUGGAAGAAAAGGAGAAUUUACAGCAUGACUAUCAAGUAAUCAAGGAGCAGCUGGCAAAAAAGGAGGAGCAACUUGAAACUGUAAAAAAGGAACUUGAAGAAGCAAAACAUGAACAUGUGGCAGCAAAGAAGGAGCUUGAGAAAGAAAAACUUGGCCAUGUGGCAACAAAGAAGGAGCUUGCGGCGACAGAACAACAACUUGCUCAAAGGAGCGAAGAGCUGGAGGGUUUAAGGAAGAAGCUUCAAGAGAGUGAACCUGUACCUUCCACAAGGGUAACAAGAUCUGCACAUAAGCGGCAAAUGGUGCUCCAAGGAUCGUUGAGCAAUGAUGCGGCUGGACAUCGCCAAAAGAAACAUAGGUCCUAUCAGCAUGCAACCCAAGAUGUGACUUGGAGGUGAUCAGGCAAAGCUGAUCCAGGUCAUGUGCUAGCAGUUGGAAGCAAGGAAGGAAACCAUCAUCUUAACACUAGCAACUAGUAGCAAGCAUGGAAGAAAGUUACUAUGUUAGGUACCUAUGGCACGGAUGUUGAAUACUGUUAUAAUCCCCAUUUCAUGCAUAUUUUAGCAUCUAUUUCACUCCUCAUUUCAGAACCUUGGUGUGUAAAAAACUUGGCACUUUGAUUUGUGCUUCUACUAAGAACUCUGAAGCAAAAAUAUUUUAUGAAUUAAUUUGAUGAAACUUCCAUUUAA